UUCUUUCUUUGCGGCUUCCGACCCGAUUUCCCUUUCGGAUUGAUAUACACUGCAAAAAUCCCUCCCCUGCCAAGCUCCCAACAUACAUAUUCUUUUGUAAUUAAAAUUUCCCAAACCCUAGAGAAAAGCUUUCCACGAACUUGAGAUCCAAAGCGAGCUCCUUUUCAUUUCUUUCCAAGCACUGCGAUGGGUAAGAAGAAAACGGAUGAUGUUGGGGCUAAGCCAAGUGGUAAAGACGGGAAAAAAGAGAAGCUUUCAGUUUCUGCUAUGCUUGCUGGUAUGGACCAGAAACCUGAAAAGACCAAGAGUUCAUCUUCUUCGUUGAGCUCUGUAACUAGUAAGCCGAGGUCAAAAUCAGCUCCCAAAGUGUCAGCUUACACUGAUGAUAUUGAUCUCCCUCCUUCUGAUGAUGAAGAGGAGGAAGGCUAUGGUUCUGAUAAAGAGCAGGGACAGAAUGCUUCUCGUACGCAUCCAAGCAGACAGAACAGAAUUGAUGGUAGGCCGCUUGAAAUUUUGGUUACUGACAAAGAGUUGAAGAAACGAGAAAAGAAGGAUAUGAUUGCUGCCCAAGCUGCUGAGAUUGCUAAACAAGAGGCCCUUAAAGAUGAUCAUGAUGCUUUUACGGUAGUUAUUGGUAGCCGUGCUUCUGUUCUUGAUGGUCAGGAUGAAGCUGAUGCCAAUGUCAAGGAUAUAACAAUUGAUAAUUUUUCGGUAUCUGCUCGGGGAAAGGAGCUCUUAAAGAAUGCAUCAGUUAAGAUAUCUCAUGGAAAGAGGUAUGGAUUGGUUGGUCCCAACGGCAAGGGCAAGUCUACUUUAUUGAAGCUUCUUGCUUGGAGGAAGAUUCCCGUACCCAAAAACAUAGAUGUCCUUUUGGUCGAACAAGAGGUGGUUGGUGAUGAUAGAACUGCUCUUGAAGCAGUUGUUGCAGCUAAUGAAGAACUCAUCAACCUCCGGCAAGAGGUAGCUAGUUUGCAGAAGGCAUCUUCAGAUUCUGUUGGUGAUGAGAAGGACGAUGAUGAUGAUGAUGCAGGGGAGAAGCUUGCCGAGUUGUAUGAAAAAUUGGAGCUAAUGGGUUCGGAUGCUGCAGAGGCUCAGGCAUCAAAAAUUCUUGCUGGGUUGGGUUUCACCAAGGAUAUGCAGGCCCGUCCUACCAGGUCAUUUAGUGGUGGUUGGAGGAUGAGAAUUUCACUAGCUCGGGCACUUUUUGUUCAGCCAACUCUGUUGCUAUUGGAUGAACCCACCAAUCAUCUUGACCUGAGGGCCGUUCUCUGGUUAGAGGAGUACUUAUGCAGAUGGAAGAAAACUCUUAUUGUUGUUUCGCAUGACCGUGAUUUCCUUAAUACUGUUUGCAAUGAAAUUAUUCACCUCCAUGACAUGAAGCUGCAAUAUUAUCGUGGAAAUUUUGAUAGUUUUGAAAGUGGAUAUGAGCAGCGUCGCAAAGAGAUGAAUAAGAAGUAUGAGAUUUAUGACAAGCAGUUGAAAGCUGCCAAGAGGUCUGGAAGUCGCACUCAACAGGAGAAGGUCAAAGAUCGAGCCAAAUUUAAUGCUGCCAAGGAAACGUCCAAGAGCAAAGCUAAAGGCAAGGCUGAUGAGGAUGAGCCGCAGCAUGAGGCCCCUCAAAAGUGGAGAGAUUACACUGUGGAGUUCCAUUUCCCUGAGCCUACAGAGCUAACACCUCCCCUCUUGCAGCUCAUUGAAGUUAGUUUCAGCUAUCCAAAUCGACAGGAUUUUAGGCUAUCUAAUGUAGAUGUUGGUAUUGAUAUGGGAACUCGUGUUGCUAUUGUGGGGCCUAAUGGUGCUGGGAAAUCUACCUUGCUGAAUCUUCUUGCUGGUGAUUUAGUUGCCACAGAGGGUGAAGUUCGGAGGAGUCAAAAGUUAAGGAUUGGCAGAUAUUCACAGCACUUUGUGGACCUUCUGACAAUGGAUGAGACGCCAGUUCAAUAUCUUCUUCGUCUUCAUCCUGAUCAAGAGGGCCUGAGUAAACAAGAGGCUGUUCGUGCAAAGCUGGGGAAAUUUGGACUCCCCAGCCAUAAUCACCUUACUCCAAUUGCAAAAUUAUCUGGAGGACAAAAGGCCCGGGUUGUCUUCACUUCAAUUUCCAUGUCAAAGCCACAUAUUUUGCUAUUGGAUGAGCCAACUAAUCAUUUGGAUAUGCAGAGCAUUGAUGCACUAGCUGAUGCGCUUGAUGAGUUUACUGGCGGUGUUGUCCUAGUCAGCCAUGACUCAAGGCUUAUAUCACGCGUAUGCGAAGAUGAAGAACGAAGUGAAAUUUGGGUAGUGGAGAAUGGGACUGUCGAGACUUUCCCCGGCACUUUUGAGGAGUACAAGGAAGAGCUCCUCAAGGAAAUAAGAGCGGAGGUUGAUGAGUGAUGUGACAUGUAAGAUUUAUAUUGCACAAUUUCUGAUAUACAGUCCUGGCAAAGCUAGUUAAACUUUUUUCCAAGUUACCAGUCUAUCUGUGAGAGCAAUAUUUUCUUUAAUUUUCUUUUCUAAGUUUUUAUUUUCUCUUGCUGUUAAUCAUUUUGAUACAUGAUUUUUGAGUGUACUCACCUGUGGCGAUCUUAGGGAACAGGUAUAUUAUAUUGUACUUGGUGCAAUAUUUUUGGCUGUCUUGGAUGGUAGGCCAAUAAAUCUGCUGGAGAAUUUUCCCUUUA